UGGUUACUGGAAACCCGGCGCGCGGGAGGCGAGGUCUGGCCGCUCGCCAGAGGACCCACUCCUUAAGAACUCCAGGUCGUCGCGUGCUAUCCCGCGUGUCCCCUGCGCACGCCUGACCACCCCAGUCUCGCUGGCGCACGGCAUAGUCCGGCCCGGAUGGCUCCCGAGACCCAGGCCCAUGGGCCGACCCCGCGCUACUUCACCUGGGAGGAGGUGGCGCAGCGCUCGGGACGCGACAAAGAGCGAUGGCUCGUGAUUGACCGGAAGGUAUACAACAUCAGCGAGUUCACCAGACGGCACCCGGGAGGUUCCCGGGUCCUCAGCCACUACGCGGGGCAGGAUGCCACGGAUCCCUUUGUGGCAUUCCACAUCAACAAGGGCCUCGUGAAGAAGUAUAUGAACUCUCUCCUGAUUGGAGAACUGUCUCCAGAGCAGCCCAGCUUUGAGCCCACUAAGAAUAAAGAGCUGACUGAUGAGUUCCGGGAGCUGCGGGCCACAGUGGAGCAAAUGGGGCUCAUGAAGGCCAACCAUGUCUUCUUCCUGCUACACCUGCUACACAUCCUGCUGCUGGAUGUUGUUGCCUGGCUCACUCUUUGGAUCUUUGGGACAUCCUUCAUGCCCCUCCUCCUCUGUACAGCGCUGCUCACCACAGUUCAAGUCCAGGCUGGCUGGCUGCAGCAUGACUUCGGACACCUAUCCGUCUUCAGCAGCUCUAUGUGGAACCACCUGCUACAUCAUUUCGUGAUUGGCCACCUGAAGGGGGUCCCUGCCAGUUGGUGGAACCACCUGCACUUUCAGCACCAUGCCAAGCCCAACUGCUUCCGCAAAGACCCAGACAUCAACAUGCACCCCAUCUUCUUUUCCUUGGGAAAGAUCCUCUCUGUAGAGCUUGGGAAACAGAAGAAAAAGUACAUGCCAUACAACCACCAGCACAAAUACUUUUUCCUGAUUGGGCCCCCAGCCUUGGUGCCUUUCUUCUUCCAGUGGUAUGUUUUCUAUUUUGUUUUCAAGAGGAAGAAGUGGGUGGACCUGGCCUGGAUGACCUCCUUCUAUGCCCGUGUUUUGCUCACUUAUGUGCCACUGCUGGGACUGAAAGGCUUCCUGGGCCUUUUCUUCAUUGUCAGGCUCCUGGAAAGCAACUGGUUUGUGUGGGUGACACAGAUGAACCAUAUCCCCAUGCACAUGGAUCACGACCAGAACGUGGACUGGGUCUCCACUCAGAUCCAGGCAACAUGCAAUGUCCACAAGUCAGCCUUCAAUGACUGGUUCACUGGCCACCUCAACUUCCAGAUUGAGCACCAUCUUUUUCCCAUGAUGCCUCGACACAAUUACCACAAAGUGGCUCCCCUGGUGAAGUCUCUGUGUGCCAAGCAUGGCAUAGAGUACCAGUCCAAGCCCCUGCUCUCAGCCUUCGCUGACAUUAUCCACUCACUGAAGGACUAUGGGCAGAUCUGGCUAGAUGCCUAUCUUCACCAAUAAGAACAGCCUCCCAUCUGGAAGAAGAGCCUCUGGAGCCAAAGCAGAGGGGAGCUUGGAGACAAUGCCACUACAAUCCUAACAUUCAGGGCGUGGGUGGGUGGGGUGGGUUUGAGGAGAUAAAGACUCUGGCUCAAACCCUUCCCCUUUAUCUUCUAGGCACAGAUCUGAGACCCAAAGAUGGGUAGAGGGAACAUGCAAGCGCCCUCGAAGGAGGGAUGUGGCUGUUGGCACAGGGAUGUGAGAGUUUUGUUUCCUUUUUCAGUUGGCAGAUGCAGGUGGUGGUUGUGCAAGAGGGAGUCUGGAGGGUGUUAAAAUGGUGGUGGGGGAGGGGAGCAGUCUACUGAGCCCAGAAAUCAGGAAGAGAUUUAACACUAAAAUCCCAACCCAGGAAAGGGGUGAGCUCAUCCCCUUGGUUGACUUCUCAGUGCCUUCUCUAACCUCACUUACAAACCUGAGAUUUGCAGGCUGGAGGAAGACAGCAGCUAAACUUUUUGAGCAAGAUUUAGACAGGAAGCAUCAGUACUUAGAAUUCCGAGGCCUGGCAUAACACAGUGCCUGGGAGCUCAGCUCACUCCAGGACUAGGUGUGACCUAUGUCUGCCUUGAGAAGCAAAUCUUCCACUUUUAGAAGUGGGGAGAGCAAAGGCCAGGACUGUGGUAUUGGAGGCAGCUGGCCCUGAAGGAUCCUGUCACUACUGAAUUUGGUCUCAUGUUCCCUCCAGGGUACCAAGGGAGCAUGAGGUCCCAGGUCUUGCCAAAACAGCCUGGAGAGAGAGUUGCUGACCACUAAAAUCCUUUCAGUUUUUGAUUCACCUCUUGUAACCACCACCCAAGGAACACUCCUAGGAAAAGGAAUCUACUUGCUCCAUAAGUGAGCAGACGGGGCACUUAAGUCAUUACUCGCAUAGAAACAAACAGAGGCUCCCGUGGUUUCUCUUUACUCCCCUACCUGUAAGUUUUACAAAGUAGCAAUUAGCACAGGUGGGCCACAGUCAAUUACCAGUCACGAGGAAGACACAAAUUUCAAUCAUAAGGAACAUAAGGGCUAAGAAAUUUCCUAUAACUCAAAUUACGUUAUAGCACUACUUGUGAGCAGGAGCAGUGUCAUAGUUCUAACCAGAAAUAGGAAGACAGAAACACAGAAGUUUGUGAUCAUCAUUGCUGUCAUUCAGCAUGGCACAGCUCUGGCAACUCUGUUCAAGUAUCUUUCUCUUCUGGAGACCAAGAAGGAACUAAGAAGAAUCUCUUACAACUUUAUCAGUUUAAUACUGAAAUUUCUGAAUCUGGUUUUUAAAAGAAACACUUUAACUCACCUCUACAAAGUGAUCAUAGGAAUGUGCCAUGGAGGUCUUGCCUUAACUGCUAGGGCUUAUCAACAGCCACAUUCUCUUCCCUCCUCACACCCACUGCCUUCCAGUUCAGGAGAGGGGAUUAUCCACCUGUUCAACAGCAUCUAGUCUAAGCAUAUUGAGCAUUUUGGACACUGGUAAGAGAGAACGUCAAACUGGAAGGAAAAACAGCACUGGGAGAGUUCACAUUUAGUUUUGGCAGAGGAUGGAAAUUAGGGAGAUGAAGGUCCUAAGGCAUGUUGGGGCGGGGGUACCCCCUAUGGAAGGGCUAUUGUGAUUAGAUAUUGUCAAAACCAAGACUAAAACACAUACACAUGGGGGAGAAUGAGUUACACAUUUGGAGCAGGACCUGUUUUUAAACAUUCUGUGUGGAAAAAUUAGAAGCAGAAUCACUCCAGAACAAGUGCUGAUCCCAGCCUAUCCAGCCAUCUUGCUUUAGGCCCAGGCUGCCCAAUCUGAGCAGAGCUAGUGAGGCUUAUUGAGCCAAGUCCAGGUCCUCAAAGCACCUCAACUACUGUGGCCUUCUCUCCUCAGCCCAGACCAGUGUGGUCUCACACAGCCACAAAAGGACAGACCAUUGACAAAAAGCUCAGGCUGUUAUCUCAAAUCCAAACUGGCAAGAGAAAAAAAGAUUUGAGAUUAAGUCGCCUCAGGUAACAGAAAGUGGCAGAACUAACAUUUGAACUCACUUUUUUAAAAACUCCAUCUUUGUUCCUUUCAUGUUCCUACCACUUUGCCAUAGGCAUUUAAAUUAGAUCCACUAUCAGUAUCCUCUUUGUAUGUGGCAACUUGAUUACCACAUCCCAAUGAAGUAAAACUAAGAAAUAAAGUUAAUUUUGACCAAAUGAA